CGCACAUUUCAAUUUGGUUCCGACUACACCAGAAUGUGAAAUCGGCUUUCAGAGACAGGUUUAAGCUUAAUACAGAGUUCAAAGAACGGAGUGGCUACAAGGCAAAAUUGUAGUCGCAUGUGCAGUGUGGUGUUUCCGUUUAUAAAUAUUAUUAGCUGAAGAAAUGGAGGAGUUUCUUAAAUUUAACAGUGUUUAUACGGAUCAGUAUCACAAGAUCGCCAAGGAAUUUAAGAGGAUAGGGGAAAAUAUUUACUUGGACCAUGCAGGAGCUACAUUGUAUUCAGAAAAACAAAUGCAGCAUGUUUUCACGGAACUCACCUCCAAUAUUUAUGACAAUCCUCAUUCUAUGAACAUGUCUGGUAAACUUACAGAAGAUGCAGUCGACUUGGUUCGUUUUCGAUCAUUUCAAUACCAACGAUCAGGAGUAUUCAAUUGUAUUUACAUCUGGUGCUACCUCAGCUCUGAAGACGAUCGCAGAAUGCUUUGAUUAUGGAGAAAAUGGCACGCUGGCAUACCUCCAGCACAACCACACAUCAGUUCUUGGAAUGAGGUGCUUUUCCAAACGAUAUACCGAGGUGAAAGUUGAAGAUGCUUUCGAAAUCGAAGAUCAUAGCGAAGAAACCUCAUCACUAAGUGAUGCUGGUAAUGGUCUCUUUGUAUAUCCUGCUCAAUGUAACUUCUCAGGAACGAAGUUUCCGCUAUCUUGGAUUGAAAGGGUAAAAGCUGGAAAGCUUAACAAGCUUGUAAAAGUACCUUGCAAGCGCUGGUACGUAGUUUUGGAUUGUGCUUGUUACGUAUCCACGAAUCAUUUGGACCUUUCGUUAUGGAAACCAGAUUUUGUGUGUAUAUCGUUUUACAAACUUUUUGGGUAUCCCACCGGAUUAGGAGCGCUUUUGGUGAAGAAGACGAGCGAAGAAAUGCUCGUGAAGAAAUAUUUUGGUGGAGGUACGGUGCAAAUGGCGCUAAGCUCCCAAAAUGUUAUGGUACCGAGAAAUAGACUACAUGAAAGAUUCGAAGAUGGGACAUUACCAUUUCUGUCCAUUCUUGCUGUGAAGCAUGGCUUCGAUACAAUACGCAGGCUUGGUUUGAAUUUUGAUCUAAUAUCAAAACAUGUGUUCAGUUUGGCGCAGUAUACUUAUAGAAAUUUGAUCACGAUGCAUCAUUCGAAUGGCCAACCGGUUGCAGUAUUAUAUCACGACACUGUGUUCGAUAACAGAUCUCAUCAGGGAGCUAUUGUGAAUUUUAACCUAUUGAGACCCAAUGGAGAAUAUAUCGGCUAUUCGGAGGUA